AUGUCGACGGCAGACGUGGAUCUCGACGCGCUGCGAGCGUCCGUGACGCGUCAAGGAGCGCACGUGCGGGAGCUCAAGCAGAAAGGCGCAGCGGCGGAGCUUGUCCAGGCCGCAGUCGAGGGGCUCAAGAAGCUCAAGCUCGAGCUCGAGACGCAGACGACGUUGCAAGGCCCUGCGCGGGACGGACUGAGCUCGUUGGAUAAAAAGGCGCUGGACGACGUGCUAUUGCGCAAGAUGUUUAUCGUGCCGAGUUUCGAGAUCUACGGCGGCGUCGGCGGCUUUUACGACUUUGGCCCGCCGGCCUGUGCGCUCAAGAGCAAUCUCCUGCAGUUCUGGCGCCGCCACUUUGUGUUUGCCGACAAGUUGCUGGAGGUGGAGUGCACGAACCUCAUGCCGGAGGUGGUGCUCAAGACGUCGGGCCACGUCGACCGGUUCACGGACCUUAUGGUGAAAUGCACCAAGUCGGGCGAGUGCUAUCGUGCUGAUAAGCUGCUGGAAGACCAUGUCGAGAACUUUCUCGACAAGCACCCGGACCUGAGCACAGACGAGCGGGAGAAGCACGAGCUGCGUGCGACGAUGGCAGAGUCGUAUUCGCCCGAAGAGAUUCACGCUGUGUUUCAGGAGUAUGGGAUCAAGGCUCCUGGCACUGGCGCCGAUCUGAGCUUUCCCAUUCCGUUCAACCUCAUGUUCAAGUGUGCCAUUGGCCCGGAAGGCGGCAUGGUGGGGUACUUGCGACCUGAGACGGCGCAGGGCAUUUUUCUAAACUUCCGUCGUCUAUUGGAGUACAACGCCGGCAAAGUGCCUUUCGGCUGCGCACAGAUUGGGAGCGCCUUCCGGAAUGAAAUCUCGCCGCGUGCUGGACUCCUCCGUGUGCGUGAGUUCCAGCAGGCUGAGAUUGAGUUUUUCGUCAACCCGAAAGAUAAGAGCCACGCCAAGUUUGCGACCGUGAAGGAUUUGGAGCUGCCUCUACUGACCCGAACGAACCAGCUUACUCACGGCAAGGCUGUUCAGAUGACGUGCGGCGACGCUGUCAGCGAAAGUGUCAUCGCCAACGAGAGCCUGGCGUACUACCUUGCGCGCACGUACCUGUUCUGCGAGGCCAUUGGCAUUGACAUGAAGCGUCUGCGUUUCCGUCAGCACUUGAAGACGGAGAUGGCGCACUACGCUGCUGACUGCUGGGACUUGGAGAUCAAGCUGAGCUCCGGCUGGGUAGAGUGCGCUGGCCAUGCUGACCGCUCGUGCUAUGACCUCUCGGUGCACGCAAAGAAAAGUAAAGUAGAGAUGGUCGGCACGCACAAGUUUGACAAGCCGGAGAAGCGGCAGAUUGUAGAGAUCAAGCCGAACAAGGGCAAGAUGGGUCGCACGUUCAAGUCGGACGUGGCUACGAUCUUGGAAGCGCUCGAGGGCUUGAGAGACGAUGUGGCGCGCGCGCAGGCUUUCGAAGAAGAACUGGCCGCGAAGGGCGAAGCGACGCUGGGCCCGCUGUGCGACGGCAAGGAGUUUCGACUGCAGCGCGACAUGGUGUCUAUCAAGGUGGUGGAGAAGAUGGUGAGCGAGGAGAAGUUUGUUCCAUCAGUGAUCGAGCCUUCGUUUGGCAUUGGCCGUCUGCUGACUGCUGUCUUCGAGCACAAUUUCUCGACGCGCGAAGGUGACGAGAAGCGCGGCGUGAUGUCGUUCUCGCCUCUCAUUGCGCCGAUUAAAGUGUCGGUGCUGCCUCUGAGCAACAACUCGGCGUUCGAUCCAUUUGUUGCCGAACUCGAGCAGGCGUUUAUCAACACGGGUCUGGAGUGUAAAGUGGACACGUCAAGCGUGGCGAUCGGUCGCAAGUACGCCCGCGCGGACGAGCUCGGCAUUCCAUUCGGGGUCACGAUCGACUUUGAGACGGUCACGGACCGUGCCGUGACGCUGCGCGAGCGCGACUCGACGGCACAGGUGCGGAUUCCGAUCGAUGUUGUUGGCACCGAGGUGAGCGAGCUGGUGAAUGGCUCGACUUCGUGGGAGCUCCUGGUUGAGCGUUAUCCGAAGGUCGUGGCUGCUGGCGAGUAA